GGGGGCCGCGCCCGCGAGCGCGGCGCGAGCACGGCGCGCAUGGCGCCCGCCGCCGCGCCGCGCGCGCGGGCGCCCGAGCUGGAGCAGCGCUGCCGCGUCGUCGUCGCGAGCGCGGGGGCCAGGGCGGAGCGCGCGGCAGUGGAGCGAGUCUUUCGCCAGUGCCGCGUCGAGGCGGUCAGGGCGCCCAGUGGUGUCAACGAGCAGCCGAGCGGCCACGCGGAGACGAUUCGGGGCGCCGCGAACCGCCUGGACGCUGCGAAGACUCUAUGCCCAGGCGCCGACUACUACGUGGCCAUCGAGAGUGGCCUCCUGGACGUGCCCAUACCGUCCGUCGGCGAGGGCGUCGCGGUGCCGCGGCACUUCGACACCAGCUGGGUGCUCAUGGAGCGUGGCACCGCGGGCGGCCUGCGGGCGGCCGCCUCCUCCGCGGGCGUCGAGCUGCCCGCGCGGGACGUCGCGGCCGCGAAGGACCGCGGGCUGCCCGGCAGGCGCGCGGCGGCCGAGGUGGCGGAGCGGGCCGGGCUGCUGGACGGCAGGGACCCGCACGCGUGGCUGACAGCGGGGCGGCGAGACCGCGAGGCCCUCCUCGGCGAGGCCAUCGCGGUCGCGCUCGGGCAGCUGGACUUGCUCCGAUGACUCGCUCCUGGACUGGCCGGUUGCAUGCGACGCCGCGCCCGCUGUCCGCCGCGACGCCGUGCAGCUUCGUGUGCGGGGAGGGGUGUCGACGAUGAUUGUGAGGAUGACCUUGUUUGCCACGGCGCGCCAUGACUUGCCCCGGAGAUGACGCCUUUGCUUGCCACGACUCGCCCAGACGAUGAUGCCCUCGGGCCGCCCCCACGAGGGGAGCGACAGACCUCUUCCAGACGGGAGGCGGCCCGCGCGGGCGCGCCUGCCGCUCCCCCCCCCCCCCCCCGCGGAGAGGUAGGUCGCCCGCGCUGCGGAGGCUGAGGGCCCGGGCGCGCGCCUGGUGCGCGCGGCCGGCCCGACGCUGUCGCAGCGUAUGAACUGAAAGGGAA